AUGAAUAGAUCUUCCUAUAUUGCUGAAGCAUUGAGACAACUGAGUAACCCCACCAGCUAUGAAAAAUUGAACCAUAAUCCAACCAAAAACUUCCAGCGUCGACUUAUGCACUUUUUGGAUGGGGCCUUGGAACAGGGUCUGAUUGACAAUGAUUCCUUGAAAUACUUAUAUGUGGAAAACCCUGUGACUCCUAUUUUUCAUCACCUCCCAAAGGUGCAUAAGUCGACAGCUAAUGUCCAAGGUAGACCGAUCAUUAGCGGAAUGGACUCAAUGCUGGAACAUUUAUCCGAAUGGUUGGAUGACAUCUUGCAGCCUCUGGUAAAACAGUUGCCUAGUUAUAUCAGAGAUUCGAAACAUGUCAUUAAUGUGGUGGAACAAUUUGAGUGGAGUAGAGACUCAGGAUGGCUCACUGUUGAUGUUGUAGCCCUCUACUCUUCAAUACCACACGAAAAAGGACUUGAAGCUAUUCACUAUUUCCUAGUGAGGGAAACAGCAUACAAAUACAACUAUAAGCAUCUCAACCUUCUUUCAGUGAUGCUCCUUGUAUUUAUAUAUUUUUUUACCUGGAAGAGGACAGACAUCAUCCCAAGGGUCUUAAACUGCAAGCCAACAAAUCCUAUCCAAGAAACACUGACAGAGAAGAUCACUAACCUUUCCUUUCCUAUGCAGAAGGAUGAGAAAGAACUGCUUAUCUUGGUAUGGGUCUGGCCUUUUAAAACACACUUUCCAUUAGAUGCAUGUCAAAGACUUUACAAUAUUCCUGGAUGCAAAUUGACAACAGAUCGGGGUCUGUAUGAUACUGCUGAUGCCCUGGUUAUACAUCAUGUGGAUAUAAUGUAUAAUCGAAAAUCUUUGCCUCAAAAACAAAGACCACACUAUCAACGUUGGGUGUGGUUCAACAUGGAACCUCCGUUUAUCAUUAAAAAUUUGAAUUAUCUAGACAACCUGUUUAAUAUGACAAUGACUUUCCGUCAAGAUUCUGAUAUUUACAGGCCCUACGGUCGUAUUGAAGCUUUAAAAAAACCUAAAAAUUUCACAAUUCUUCCAAAGUCCAAGUUGGUAUCUUGGGUUGUAAGUAACUGGAGCCCAGGUAUCCGUCGUGCUGAGUAUUAUGAGGAGCUGAAAAAACACAUUUCAAUAGAUGUUUAUGGGAAUCGACACAAAAAACUAAAUGGAGCAGAUUUCUAUAAAACCAUCUCACAAUACAAAUUUUACUUGUCUUUUGAGAACUCAAUUUACAGGGACUACAUCACAGAGAAAAUGUGGGUAAAUGCAUUUGAUUCAUGGGCUGUUCCUGUUGUGCUAGGGACAUCUCGUAAGAAUUAUGAACGUUUUAUCCCCGGUGAUGCAUUUAUUCAUGUUAAUGACUUCUCCAGCCCAAAGGAACUGGCUGAUUUCCUAUUAGAGUUGGACAAAGAUGAUGAAAGAUAUAGAAAAUACUUUAAUUGGAGGUCUCAUUACAAAGUGAGGAGAGAGACUGGAUGGGCUUAUCAUUAUUGUAUAGCUUGCCGUGGUUUGAAACAGGCUCCUGAUUACCAAGUUAUUCCUAGUAUUGCCAAAUGGUUUCUAGAGGAUGCUGAAUUUUAG